UCUGAGUAUUGUUUUGUAUUGUAUUUUGUAGGCUAACUUAUUGUUUUUUUCCCUUGCAGUGAUCAUGGUUCACCGGAUAGGUGGAAGAGGAGGCCGCUCCAGACCCCGGAGAACUGCUUUCUCUCAGACGGCUGGUCAGGAGGUUUGCAGACCCGCUUCUGAUGACCGUGGUCAGGCUCACGGGAAGAAAGCGGGGCAGAGCGGCAGCCAGAAGAGGCCAGAUGAUGGACGUCCGUCGUCCACUGCAUCUAAACGCUCUGGCAGAGAAAAACCUAGAGAAUGCAGGGAGAGGAAAGGAAUUGGUUGUUUCCUCAACAGGGUGUGGAAGGCUACGAAGAGGUAUUUCCACUGCUGUUGCCUCAGUUGUGCUGUGGAUGAUGUGGAGCCCUUUGUCCCUCCACCAGAUCUGGAGCCAAAGCCUGUUCCUGAGCCUUCAUCCCCUGCACCAGAUCACUCCGGCGUCAAGCCCAAUCAUGGUCGCUCCAGAUCCUUGAGAACGGCUUCCACAGAUUCGUCUGUGGGAAUCACGUCAUCAUCAUCUUUGUCCCUCUCUAAGGACAUUGUAGAGAGGAGGUUCUGUGGAGAGUGGUUAAGCCUUAGCAGCCGAGGCUCGUACGUCGUUGAAUGGCGGUGGAGUGGUUUUUUGGAUAGCCGAAGCCAACAGAGCAGCAAGUGCUCUUUGUCCGGGUCCGAAAGCCUCGAAGGGUUUCUGUACCCUCCACUGCCAGGUCAAAUUCCUGUCGAGCCGACAGAGACAGAGACGAAUGGCCGAACUGCUCAGGGUGCCAUGGAGGAUUCUCCAGUGAAGAAGAGCUCCACAGAGUCCUUUGAGUGUCUCUAUAACAUGGGACAGAUGAUUGGAUCUGGAGGAUUUGGCAGAGUGUUCAAUGCAACACGCAGAUUUGAUGGCAAAAAGGUUGCCAUCAAGCGGAUGCGUAAGGUUGACAAUGAUCGCUAUCUGAAUAUUCCUGGGCAUCCCGAACCUCUCGUUACAGAAGUGGCGCUGCUGCUAAUGAUGAGGCGAGAACCCAUUAGCCCCUUCGUCAUCCAACUGUACGACUGGUUUGAAGAUCCUAAAACAUUCACUCUGGUUAUGGAGUAUCCUGAUCCCUGUGAGAGCUUGCUGGACUUCAUCACUCGUAAUCCUCGAGUGUAUGAACCAGCAGCACGGGUCAUCAUGCAGCAGGCUGUGCUGGCAGUGCAACACUGCAUCGAGCAUGGUGUUUUCCAUAAUGACAUCCAUGCAGAGAAUUUCCUGAUAAAGAAACACUCCUUAGGCCUGAAGCUGAUAGACUUUGGAUGUGGUCAGCUGUUCAGUAGUGACGGCUACGAGAGCAAAAUAUACAUCGGAAUACAGGACCACUGCCCACCUGAAGUCUUGGCAGAACCUCGGUUCCACGCCGUCCCAGCAAACGUCUGGUCUCUAGGAGUGUUGCUGUACAAGAUGACGAACGCAUGCCGUCCAUUUUGUAACAGAGCGGAAAUCUCACAAGCCAAAUUCACAUUUCAGAACUCCAACUUAUCCAAAGGAAAUGACAUACUUGCUGUCCUUGGUGGAAGACUUGAGCUCGAGACUCGACCGAAGACUGAAGUCCAACCGCAACCUGACAGAAACUCAGAGCCUGUCCACGUCUGAGCGAGAACACGAGACACGGCAAGACUGGAAGUCAUCAAGUCAUCACACACACAUUUGCUUUGUUUUAAAAAGUCAAUUUUGUUUUGAUUUUAAAAGUCAAGGCUAGACAAGUAAUCUUGAUUUAUUAGGGGUGUAAUAUUUAAAACAUUUAAGAUUUUGUAAAAUUAUUUUAUUAUUUUAUUUAUUUGUAUUGUUAUUUAGAUUUCCUUUUUUUCCUUUGGUAAGUAUGUAUUCAACAGCCCUGUAGUAUCAAUAUAUAUAUAUAUAUACAGUAUUUCUACUACAGGGCUGUUGAAUGCUUGAUUCUGAUUAGUUGAGAACGUUCUAAGGGCUGAGUACCUCAGCAAAUAAAUAGAAAACAACAGAAAUAAUCCAAGGUUUUUAUUUCACACCGUGGCUAGACUAACAAAUAAACAGAAGACACCUGAACAAAAUAUCCCGUUACAGUUUAGCAGUAAUGAUUUCAUGAACUUCUUCACAGAGAAAAUUGAAAGCAACAGAAUCACAAUCGUAAUCUCUCAAUCUUUGCUCGCGCCUUAUAAUUCAGCCGCAAUUAUCACCCCGCAAGAACAAUAAUAAUGCUUUACAACCAUUAGAACAAAAAGAGUUAAAUAAACUUAUCACUUCAUCUAAAACAACAACAUGUUUAUUAGAUCCUGUACCAACUAUUGAAAGAAGUAUUACCUAUAGUGGAAGAGCCUCUUCUUAAUAUUAUUAACUCGUCUUUAUCUUUAGGUCAUGUUCCAAGAACGUUCAAGCUGGCAGUUAUAAAACCUCUUAUUAAGAAACCGCAAAUAACCGAGCAAAUUACAGACCCAUCUCAAAUCUUCCAUUUAUGUCAAAAAUAUUAGAAAAAGUUGUGUCCGCUCAACUCGGCUCUUUCUUGCAAGAAAACGAAAUUUGGCCUCUAGUUCAUAAACGCCAGAGGAGAACUGGCC